AUGGAAACUAGUAGAAGCAAAGUUGUUAAGGUGAGCGAUACUUUAACACUAGGUCUGCAGGAAGAUGUCCUAUUAGAAAUUCUCUCAUAUCUGCCUGUCAAGUCUUUACUUAGGUUUCGUUGCGUAUCGCAAGAGUGGUAUGCUCUCACCAAAAGUCCUUAUUUCAUUUCCAAACACCUUGUGCAUCGCUCUAGAUGCUCUAAUCCACAUCAUCCUUGUCUUCUCUUUCUCUCGCGUCUAGCUGGAAGUUCUGAAAAUAAUUUCAAACCACUACUUGGAUUCUCAUUGCUUCGAGAUGAAGAAACAACGUUUUUGAGAUUACCUUUCUGGAACCUUACAAGCCAAAGAAGGGAUGGUUUAUGGCUUGUGGGAUCUAGUAAUGGCCUGGUUUGCUGUGUUCUGUUAAUUGGGAUUAAGAAUGAUAAGAAUAGAACUACAGAGGGUGAAGAAGAUAAUGCUACUGUGUUCCAACAAUUAAUAGUAGUAUGGAACCCAGCAACAGAACGAUUUAGGUUUCUUCCUAAACCUAAUAAUAAUAUUACUUUGGAUCAGGAUGAGGAGGAGGAUAUACUACGUGUAAAGGACAACUCUUUGUCCUGUCCUCUUAUAGGUUUUGAUUUCGUACAUGAUCAUGACAUUACUGAAUAUAAACUGGUCAGAGUUUUCCAUCAUGAUAGUGAUGAUCCCUACGAUCAUGGCAAAGUACUUACAACUUUUCGAGCUCAAGUCUUCGUCCAAAUCACAAAUUCUUGGAGACAAGCCAAGAACGAGUUAGGGUUUCCGUCAUGUGAAAAUUCUUUUGCAUCAACUUCGAUUACAUUGAAUGGAGUGCUGUAUUGGAAGGUACAGCGAGCAGGGGACGAGUGCUGUGUUCUGUCAUUCAAUUUACGUGAGGAGGUUUUCAAUGUGAUACAGCUACCAAUCGAUCUACGAAAUCAUGAUGAUUGGGGCGGACUCCAAUUAUAUUCAUGGAGAAAUUCACCGGCGACUGUAGCACUUGAUUAUUCGGCCAAUGACGAUCUCAACGCAGCGCUUUGGGUGAUGAGUACUGAUCAAGAAUCAAAGAGGAGUUGUAAGAAUGUUGCACAAAUACAAAAUCCAGCUUGGACUCGACAGUUCAGAUUCAAAUACUUAGUAAUUUCAGAAGCAACGCGCCUCCUGGGAAGUUGGAAAGAUCAAUUUCUCUUUGCAUCCGACAAAAGUGAUGAAGUUUUUGAUGCGGCAGCUGAUAAUAUUGUGCCUCAAGACCUGUUUUCGUAUGACCCUAAAAGCGAGACAAAGAGAAAAAUUCUCAAAGAUGGAGAGAGGAUCAAGUUUUGUGGAGGAGUAAAUUAUGUGGAGAGCCUAGUUCCAGUCUAG